AUGCUAGAAGUGGUUGCAAGACAUUCACUAACAUCACUCCCCGUGCGAAGUGGCAAAUGCAACAUGCUCUCCAGCUUGGGGUGUCUACUUCUCUGUGGAAGUAUUGCACUAACCCUGGGAAAUGCACAGAAAUUGCCAAAAGGAAAAAGGCCAAGCCUAAAAGUCCACAUCAACACCACGAGUGACUCCAUCUUCUUGAAGUUCCUGCGUCCAAAUCCAAAUGUAAAGCUUGAAGGUUUUCUCCUGGGAUAUGGAAGCAAUAUGUCACCAAAUCAGUAUUUCCCUCUCCCAGCAGAUGGGAAAUACACUGAGGCUGUAGUUGAUGCAGAGCCUAAAUAUCUGAUUGUUGUGCGGGCUGCCCCCCCUCCAAGUCAAAAGAAGUCAUGCUCAGGUAAGACACGUACUCGCAAGCCUCUCCAGUUGGUGGUUGGCACUCUGACGCCAAAUUCUGUCUUUCUGUCCUGGGGAUUCCUCAUCAACCCACACCAUGACUGGACACAGCCAGGUCACUGUCCCAAUGACAGACUGUAUACCAUUCGCUACAGAGAAAAAGAUAAGGAAAAAGAAUGGGUUUUUCAACUCUGUCCAUCCACUGAAACAAUUGUGGGAAAUCUAAAGCCUAAUACAGUUUAUGAAUUUGGAGUGAAAGACAAUGUAGAUGGUGGAAUUUGGAGUAAGAUUUUCAAUCACAAGACUAUUGUUGGAAGUAAGAAAGUAAAUGGAAAAAUCCAAAGUACCUAUGACCAAGUCCACCAAGUGCCAGGAUAUGUCCCACAAAAGUCAAUUCCAAUAACAAUCAUCAAGCAAGUGAUUCAGAAUGUUACUCACAGGGCUUCAAUGAAAUCCCCUGAUAGGACACCCUUGGGAGGAACAAUAGUAGUCCAACUUAUUGUUCCAGGUCUUAAUGACACAGCCAUAAAACUGCCCACAUCCAUAAUGUUUGAGAUCACGGAUGCAAUCAAAACACAGUUGGCUAAGAAUGAAACCCUGGCAUUACCUGCUGAAUCUAAAACACCAGAAGUAGAAAAAAUUCCAACACGGCCUGUAACAGUGACUCCGGAAACCAUUCCAAGAACCACUAAGCCCACUGUGUCUAGUGGAUUAGGCAUUUCAGAAACAGUACUGGCUUCAAGUGAAAAGCCUUGGAUCGUGCUCACAACUAAAAUGUCUGAGGAUUCCAAUAUUCAGCCUCAAACUGAAAUUUAUGACAUACCACCUGUUUUUUCGAGUCCCACAACAUCAGAUGAGUCUGAAAUAUCAGAACCCCACACAGCAACAAGUGAUCCUAUUCUGGAUUCUAUCCCACCUGAAACUUCUAGAACUCUUGAAUGGCCAAGGGCAACACUGGCUCCAAGUGAAACAUCAUUUGUUCCUCAAAAACUGGAAAUCUUAACCAUUCCUGAAAUACAAUCUACAACACCUGCUCCACACCCAACUACAUCUAUUCCUUCUACAACUAAACGUCGCCGUAAGCUCAAACCAUCAAGAGGCAAACCUGCUCCCAGUAGAACACAAUUUAUUUCUUUGAAACCUAAACUCUCUCUCAGCCCAGAAGUGACACACAUCAAAGCUGUUCCCAAGCAGACUCCCCGUGCUCCUCCGAAGCCGAAAGUAUCACCACGCCCAAGAGUCCCACAAAUAAAACCAGCUCCUAAAUGGUCCCAGAGUGUUACUUCAAAACCAAAAACAUCACCAAGCCCAGAAGUGUCAUAUACUACACCUGUUCCUAAAGAUGUUCUCAUUCCUCUGAAACCAGAUCCCGAAGUCUCUGAAAGCGAUACUGCUCCUUUAGAGACACGGGGCAUCCCUUCUAUACCUAUGAUUUCACCUAGUCCCAGUCAAGAGGAAUUACAGACCAUUCAGGCAGAAACAGACCAAUCCACCCAAGAACACUUCACAACUAAGAUUCCACGAACAACUAGAUUGGCAAAGACAACUCAGGCACCACACAGAUUGUACACUACUCCUGUGAGGCCCAGAGCAGUGGACAAAUCCCAGGUCAAACCUGGGAUCAAGCAUUCCAUUCCUGGAGACAUUGAUGCUAGCAGAAAUGUUUCAAUAGAUUCAAUUCAUCCCACCAAAAAAGCAGGCACUCGCCGCCCACCAUUACCACCUAGACCUACACCAAUACAGAGAAAACCUUUCCCCCGAAAUAAUGUCACUGGAAAGCCGGGAAGUGCAGGAAUCAUUUCAUCAGGCCGAGUAACUUUCCCACCCAUGAGGGCAACACCUGGUUCUACAGAAGCUCCUUCAGAGAAAACAGAGACAGAUAAAAAGCAGCCAACAGUUCCUGCCUCUGAAGAAGAAUUUGGUAAUGUAACUGACUUUAGCUCAAGUCCAACAAGAGAAACUGAUCCUCUUGGGAAGCCCAGAUUCACAGGUCCACACGUACGAUACAUCCCAAAGCCUGACAGCCAACCAUGUUCCAUCACCGACUCCAUCAAGUUGUUCCCCAAAGAGGAGGCUACAGAGGGACCUGCCAUAGCCCCACCACAGAACCCUCCCACCAACCUCACUGUGGUCACCGUAGAGGGCUGCCCUUCAUUUGUCAUCUUAGACUGGGAAAAGCCAUUAAAUGACACUGUCACUGAAUAUGAAGUUAUAUCCAGAGAAAAUGGGACCUUCAGUGGGAAGAACAAGUCCAUUCAAAUUACAAAUCAAACCUUCUCCACUGUGGAAAAUCUAAAACCAGACACAAGCUAUCAAUUUGAAGUGAAACCCAAAAAUCCACUUGGUGAAGGUCCAACCAGCAACACUGUAUCAUUCAGUACCGAAUCAGCGGACCCUAAAGUGAGCGAGCCAAUUUCUGCAGGAAGAGAUGCCAUCUGGACUGAAAGACCCUUCAAUUCAGAUUCAUAUUCAGAAUGUAAGGGCAAGCAGUAUGUCAAAAGAACGUGGUAUAAGAAGUUUGUAGGGGUGCAGCUAUGCAACUCUCUCAGGUACAAGAUUUAUCUGAGUGACUCCCUCACAGGAAAAUUUUAUAACAUAGGUGACCUUAGAGGUCACGGAGAAGAUCACUGCCAGUUUGUGGAUUCAUUUUUAGAUGGACGCACAGGACAGCAACUCACUUCAGACCAGUUACCUGCCAAAGAAGGCUACUUCAGAGCAGUUCGCCAGGAACCUGUCCAGUUUGGAGAAAUAGGUGGUCACACCCAAAUCAAUUAUGUCCAGUGGUACGAAUGUGGGACGACAAUUCCUGGGAAAUGGUAA